AUGAAGGGAAAUUUACCCCCACAGUCCACAGUGCCUAUUGUGAACAGUAUGACUGGGAUUGAAGAUGAUCACGUGUUCAUGAUUAACCUUCGUAAUCGAUCCCUAGCUGGUAGAGCCUAUGGAGUUGGAGUCCUGCUGGAGGGGAUGUGCUAUUGGACAAAACUUUACGAUGUCAUUGUCCAUGGCUGUUUAACAGGAACUUGUGGCGUUUUUACCUUUAGCCGCUUCCAGAAAGAAGAGGCCACCAUCGCUGAGGUCCACGAUCACCAGAGUAGUUCUGUCUUAACAAUUGGCUCCUCUCAAGAUGAUCUCUGCUAUUCUAGUUUCUUUACUCAUUUCUGUGAAACAAUACCAGGGAGGAAACAGGUUCAGGAGGGAAACGUUUUAUUCUGGCUUAAAGUUUCAAAAGGGGUUGCCUUUCUUCGUAGCAGGAAAGGCAUCGUGGAGUUUCUGACGAUGGAAGGAAAAGAGCCAGAAACACUACUAGAACUUGCUGCACAGUGUCUACUGGGCAAUGAACCUGCAACAAUUGGUGCCCUUGGGGAGAUCCCAAGAGAACUUUAUAUGCCAUUGUUCAAGGCUGCCCUCAGGGGUGGUCAUAAGAAGACACUAACAGCCAUGGUCAAAUUUUGGCCUUUUGUCUGUCUCCAUAUUGGUAAAUUAAGUGUACCGGCGCCACGCUGUGAUGUCUUAAAAGCUAUGAUUGAUGGUCUUCAGGUCCUUCCUGCACAGAACUCUGAUUCUUGGAGGCCAAAACUGAGGAUCCUAGAUUUAAGGCAAGAUGUUGGCUGCAGGACAACGUGUCCUGAGAUGAUUACCAGGGCCUCUAAGUGCUUCCAUUCUUGUGCUUUCUCGGAACACUCUAUUCUGAAAGUAGAAGCCCAGCAUAGUAUUGCCACCUCAGAGACUGAGACACAGUCAGUAAGGGAAUUACUAGUGGACCUUUCCCUUGAUGGUUCUUUGAAGAAAAAUGACUUCAAUACAUUGCUUUUUAGUAAAGUUCAGCAGAGCUUAGGGUUGCUACAUCUCUGUUGUCGAGAUCUGAAAAUUGAUACACCAUCUUACUACAAAAGUACAGUAGAAUUUCUGGAUCUGGUUUGCAUUGAUCACCUGGCAGUUGAGCAUGCUUCUCUGAGUGAAGUUACAACACUUUUAUCUGAAAUGGUCCAACUGUACAGUCUUAGUUUGUCUAAAAUCACUUGCAAAUCUCUGAAAGGGAAAAUCUUCAGAACUUUUAUCAUGCAUCUUGCACGAAUGGACCACCUCAAGGAAUUUAAAUUCUCUUCAACUUGUCUGACAAAUAAACUUGCAAACAUUAUCAGAGGCCUGCCACGUGAUCUUGAUUUCCUGUACCUGACUUUCUGUGAACUCUCCCACAAAGACUUCAAAAUUUUGUCCCAGAGCCCUCUUGCCAAACAUCUAAAGCUAUUGAAUGUCAGUGACAACCCCAUGUAUUUUGAAGAUUUUGAGCCGUUGAAAACUCUUCUAGAGAAUCUUUCAGGUACCCUACAACAUCUAGAGAUAAAUCAUUGUCUGUUAACAGAUUCCACAAUCACUGAUCUCCUCCCAGCCCUAAGCCACUGUACCCAACUCCGACAUUUCAGCUUUACGUCUAACCCCAUCACAACUUCCAUGGUCACCAUGAUUUUGCAGCAGUUAACACCCCUGAUGGAACUGAAAUGUGUAUACUAUCCUGUCCCUAUUGAUUGUUAUUAUGGAUGGUAUUUUCAAGGCCAUAUAGACCAACAGAAGUUAGACGACUUACAAGCACAAGUGAAAACAGUGCUUAGAGAAGCAGGGAGGGAAGAAAUGAAAUGUAUGACUUAUAUUGACAAUUCUCAUGGAACAAUACCAUUUCAACACUGA